GUCAAUCUAACCUUGAAGUAGGAAGUAAUGAACUCAUGAACAUUUACAACACAUUUGUUACAUAGCGUGAUAGGUUUAACAUUUAGAUUAUGAAUAUGAAUGAAUUUCUCAUCAAUUAAUUAAAUAAAUUGUUUCGAAAUCCUUGUACUCUGUCCGAAAAUUAAAAGUGCAUUAAAAGAAAAACGACUGAGAAUUUAUUUGUGUUAAUAUUUAGAAUUUCCGAACAGUUUCAUUGAUUUUGUUACAAUACGAAUAAGAUAGUGAUUUAGUGCUCGAUCGGUAUUCGAGCUAAUUGGACGUAUUUCCCUUAUCGAGUUAGUACAAGAGGAACCGAUAAAUUCUGAUGUACUGGGCUAAAUCGUGAUGAGUGAUUUCAAGCCGAGGUUUCUAAAACCGUCUGAUACUUCAAGUUUUCUAGAUAAAAAUGACUCUCAUUCAGUAGAAAGCACCGAUUUCAUCUACAACAGACACCUGUCGCAAACCAUACACACCCAAAGACAGAGAUUGCCCAUUUUCAAUAACCGAAACCACAUCCUGUACCUGUUGGAGAAGUACCAAACGUUGGUUUUGGUGGGCGAAACGGGCUGCGGAAAGAGCACUCAAAUACCUCAGUACAUGAUCGAAGCCGAAUGGCCCUUGAGCGUCGGAGUGUGCGAACCGAGGAGAGUCGCAGCGAUUUCCUUAGCUAAUAGAGUUGCAGACGAAACGGGCACUAUAGUGCAACAGGAGACCGUAGGAUAUGCAGUUAGAUUCGAUGCUUGCACGAACAAACCCAGAAUUAAGUACAUGACCGAAGGGAUAUUGCUGAGGGAAAUGAUGUCAGAUCCCCUUCUCAAGGACUAUUCGGCCAUCAUGCUGGACGAGGCCCACGAGAGGACCCUCUACACCGACAUCCUCAUGGGACUGAUGAAGAAAAUUCUCAAAAAACGCAAAGACCUCAGACUGAUCGUGGCGUCCGCCACUUUAGACGCCAAAGCGCUCCAAGAAUUCUUCAACAUCAACCCUACCGGCAACAAAAGAGACGACACGGCCGUGAUAAUGACCGUGGAAGGCCGGCAAUAUCCCGUCGACAUAUUCUACGUUGCAGAGCCGGUGCCUUGUUACAUCCAAGCGUCGGUGGACGCCGUGCUCAAAAUCAACGAAUCCAAAGAACGCGGGGACGUUUUGGUGUUCCUCACCGGCCAGGAGGAGGUCGAACGGACCGUAAGAUUGCUGAACGAGCACGCCAAUUUGCUGGAGGAGUCGCGCAACAAGCAGAAAAUCUCGGUGUUGCCGAUGUACGGGGCCCUGCCGCACCACGACCAGCUCAAAGUCUUCAGGCAGGCGCCGGAGGGCCACAGGAAAAUCGUGGUGGCCACCAACAUAGCGGAGACAUCGGUUACGAUACCGGGAAUCGUCCACGUUAUCGAUUGCGGUUUCGUGAAAUUGAGGUGGUACAAUAACGAGACUCACACGGAUAGUUUGGUUACGUUUCCCAUUAGCAAAUCGUCGGCUGAUCAACGAGCGGGUCGAGCCGGAAGGCUGAGAGCUGGAAAAGUGUAUAGAUUGUACACGGAAGAGUUCGCUUCGAAGUUGGCCGAAAACACCCCGCCAGAAAUGGUGAGGAGUAAUCUAACUUAUGCCGUGUUACAAAUCAAAGCUCUGGGUAUCGCGAAUAUCCUCAAGUUCGAUUUCCCCAGUCCGCCUCCGUUGGAGAACUUAAGAAGCGCUUUGGAGAUUCUCUACGCUUUGGACGCGAUCGAUAUCGAUUGCGAAUUAACCAGACCGUUGGGCUUCAACAUGGCCGAGUUCGCUUUGGAUCCCUUGUAUUCCAAAGUUUUAUUUAGUUCUGGGGAGUUUGGUUGUUCUGAAGAAAUUCUCACCAUCAUAUCCAUGCUUCAAGUCGAAACGGUGUUUACGAAACCCUCUACAGGUACUUCGAUAAUUAAAUCGAGGAUACAGAAGAGGCUGUUCGAAGUGGAAGAGGGCGAUCUGAUAACGUAUUUGAACGUGUACAACGGGUUCAUCCAAAGCGACAUGUCGCAGGGAUUUUGCCACAAGAACUUCCUCAGCUACAAGGGCUUGAAGAGGGUGGUGGAGAUACGGAAAAGGCUGGAGAAGAUGCUGAGGAAUUACGGGAUUCGUAUAGAGUCUUGCAUUAGAUCAACCGAAAGUAUAAGGAAGUGCCUGGUGAAAGGACUGUUUCCUAAUGCUGCUUACCUGCAUCACAGCGGCGUUUACAAAACUAUUAGGGGAGAUAUUGAAUUGUUCGUGCAUCCUGAUAGUGUAUUGUACACUAUUCCUCAACCGCAAUGGGUAUUAUUUUGCCAAGUUGUUCAUACUACAAAGCUGUUUAUGAGGGAUUUGACUGUUAUCGAAAGUGACUGGUUGAUUGAAUUGGCGCCUCAUUUUUAUUAUAAAACUACGUUUUUGGAAUAA